GCUGCUCCUGGUUCACAACCCCCCAUGCUACCAACUUUUGAUAUAUACAUCCCACCCAUAAACCCACCACUUAAAAACCCAAAAAAAUGCAGUGCACCGAAUAUUUCUUCCAAGAACCCAACCGAUCGCGGUUACGGCUGUGCCAGACUGAAUCAUCUGCAGUUGCAUUCGUGCAACUCUAGAUUAAAAUUCGACUCAUUUUGUCCUUUUGUCUGUCUCCCUCGAGGCUGGCCAAUAGCUUACAUAUAAUUAUAUAUAAUUAUAUCUUGCCUACCUUCUAUAUUUCCCAAACAAUUUGUAUUGUUCUGAAUGCCGCCUUAUUUUUGUGACGCAGCGGCCGCAGUCGUUGUCCAUUCGCGAAUGACGCAGCCAUCAAUUACCCCCUGGACGCUGUAGGAUCGACGAUCUUCCUAUUAUAUUCUAUCUAUUCCAUCAGUUCUAUCAGUUCUAUCAGUUCUAUCAGCCCACCAUAUUCAAUGAUAUAAUUCGCGCUUUUAUUUUUUAUUUCCGAAACAAAUCUCUUGCUUCAACGUGUUCGCAUUAUACUAUAUCCUAACUACUUCCGAUUCGCCUUCCAAUGCUUUUACAACCGUCAUCGACACUUCUUAUGAACAAAUAAAGAUGGCGAGCCUAAAGCCUGACCCCAAUGAACCCCCCGCUGCCGCUACCGCACCGACACCUAACGAUACACCUCAUUCCAAACCGCAGUCCAAACAACAGUCCACACCUCAGUCCCAGCCAAACUCGUCAUCGCAGUCCAAGGCGCCAGAGCCCAACCCAAAAGAGUAUUACGGCUAUCUGUUUGAUGGAAAAUCGCCGACCCCCGUCCUCGAUGCGCUACUCCGCGCUAUCGGACAAUAUAUUUCUGCUAAUAUUGGCGACACAAAUGUCCCUGAACUGAACCCCCCAAAAUUGGCUGACUUUUACCGUGCUGUCGGUGGUGACUAUGACCAACUCUUUCUAGGCUGUCCCUUCAAGUCCAUAUCUUACAUCUGGCAAGCUCUGGGUGUCCAGCAUACGCUGCAACCAACAGAUAAUCCUUUCGAAGAGCCGUCCGUCCCGGCUUUAACCCUCAAAGGGUUCGUUCGAUGGGAGGCGAUCCAGAUUCUCCUCGAACCUCAAGAACAUGUACCAUUCAUGCAAUAUGCUGUGCGCAAUUGGGGUUUAGUACAUCCUGAUACUGGGAAACCCUUCCCACCUGACUUACCAACAGAGGCUUUCCCAUCCGAAUGCGAUCCCGAGACAGAUGCCUGGCAUAAGGAGUGCGCACGGAGGCUCCGAGAAGAGGCUACUCCUAAAGAUGAACAUCCGCCUAAACAGCGCGAAUCCGAACCUCGGGUUCAUACCACUUUUACGCAUGUGCGCAACCCGCAAAACAAUACUACCACGCCUCGUCAAAGGCCAGAGAUGGACUAUUUUCAGCGGGAACGGCCCGUCUCAUACGCUCAUGUGCCGAGAAGCAAUUACGCUGGCCCCUAUUUUUCUGGUCCUAUCCCACCAAGGCAGCGACGGAUGAGCAGCAGUAAUAGCGGCAGCAGUUCUCUUGGUGGUAGCAGUAGUAGUUCACCAGAUCGGCCGCCUCAACGACCAAGCUUUUCGGAAAUUCGCCGUUCUGAAAUGGAUGAUCUCCGCCCUUCAAGUCAUCUCGAUCCUCGCCGCCCACAUGUUCCACACCGCCAUAGCCAAUCAAGACCCUAUUCUCCCUCUCCAUCAGGUUCUGACUCAGAUGUGCCGCCUCGUGCCAACUCUAAGUCGCGGAUGCACGGACCUAUACCGCCUCCGCCGACCAUUCGCCGCAUGCCGGUUGCGACUCCUAUAACGCCACCUAUUCCGAUCCGUUCACAUCGUAGCGAGAUACGGCCGGAUGUACGUUCUGAUGACGUUCGUAGGAGAAGUUUACCGGCGGAGAUAAAGCAGAAGGUUACCACCUUUCUCUCCGGAUCCUCUGAACGGCAACGAAGUCGUUCCGGUGAAAAGCGCCAUGCGACGAAUGUUGCACCGACCGUACGCUUUCGGAGAGAGCAUCCCUCGCGGCUUAGCCGCAGUGUUUCUGGAGGGUCAUAUCCUAGCGACGAGUCUGAAGCAGGGAUUCCCAAAUAUCCCCUAAGGCGCAGGCGCGAUCGUGAGCGUGAGCGUAUUCGCGAUAGAGUAAUCGAAAAGGAACUUCUAAGAGAUCGUUCGCGAGAAGAAGAGUUGGAGAGGAGAAGGAGUCGGGAAAGGGCAUAUCUGCAUCCAGCAGAGCUCAGAAGAGCAAGCAGCCAUGCUGAAAUUGGGGGGCGAAAUAGAGAUUACACCUGGGAUCGUAGGGAUAGGGAUAGGGAUUCGGAUUAUGAUUGGGAUGGGAGGAGAGUUGUCACGUCCGACGAAAGAGACUCCCGAGACCGAAAGCGAUAUAAAGAUCGAAGGCACAGUCCUAUAGUAACGGGCGUUGGCGGCAGGCGAUAUCCUGGGGAAACGGGUUGGAAAUAGAUUGGGCCCACCAGACACAGGAUAACGGAACACCUUGAAGUUUAUGAUAUCGAUACCAUUUGUUCUGCGAUGCAAACCGAAGCGAUGCAUGUAGACGGGAUAGGAUAAACGAGCGACACUCCUAUCAAUGACGACAUGGCGCAUACGAGAUUUAUUUUUCUUUUGGCUGAAAAAGGGGCUAAUGAAGGGCCAAUGCCUGGCUCACUGCUUUGAUUAUGAUAGGUACCUAAAAUAAAUCUAUAGGAAGGACCACAUGAGUUAUGAAAUGUAUGAAGCUGGAAAUUCUAAUAUACAUAAUUUACCUGUUGGAAGAUCACUAGGAGACCCUGCAUCAGCAUACACAUUAUACCUAUAGCCGCUAACUCGGCCGAAUCUACCUGGUAACUACCUAAGUAACCAGAAUUAGCAGCCUUAAUAGUGAGCCUUUAAUCGGAUGUAUUAGGGAGGUACUUAGGCUGUUUUCACGGAAUUUUUACUGAGUGAAUGGCACUGAAAAUCUAGAACUUGUCCUAGGACGUACUACUAGG